AUGACCCUGCCCUCCGCGUCCUCCUCGCCCCUCAGCCUCUUCACGCCCUUGUCCCACCACCGCUCGCCGCUGCUCUCGCCUUGCCCCUCCCCCUCGCCGCUGCGCACGCUCGACGAGGAUGCGGCGGACGUCGCGGAGGGGCCCAUUGCGGAGCGGCAGUGGGGAAUGGCGGGGAUUCGCGGGACAGCGGCGGAGGCGGGCGGGGGGGUCGGGGUGGCGGGAGGCUGCGCGCCGAUGCGGCGGAGUGCGGCGUCCGUGUCGAUGCCGUCGCUGUGCGCCGCGCCGUGGGAGGGCGACGGGCUGGCGGCGAGCGCGUGGCUGCCGGGCGGCAGCGGGCGAUGGACUCCCGGCGCUGCUUCGGCGUGGCUGGCGCGCGACGAGAGCGAGCGAUGGGCGACCCACGGCGAAUGGGCGGUGGGCGAGCGCAGUGCGCGGAGAGGAGCGGCGCGCGGGGGCACUGGGAGAAGCGGAGCGACAGGGACGGCGACGGAAGGCGGACCGGCAGGGGGAGGGCAGCGCCCUGCGAUGGGCGGAGGGGCGAACGCGGGGGCGGGAUGGCGGGAGCUUGCGCGGGAGGCGCAAGGGCGAGGGGGCUUGUGGGGGCCGCGGGCGAGGGAGGUGGGCGGCGCGAAGCGGGGCGUGCGGGGGCGAGGCAGGGACGGGUCGUGGGGGGGCGAUGAGAGUGGCGCGGGCAGCGUGGGCGGGGAUUGGGCGGAGGAUGGGGCGGAAAGGGAGGCGGAGGAGGGGAGGGGGAGGGAGAAGAAGGCGAAGGGCGGAAUGGUGGCAGGCACUGGUGAGGACGCGCGGGUUGGAGAGAGCAGCAGCGGUGCUGGCAGGGGGGCCGAGAACGCGGGGAGAGGGGGAGCGAGCUUGGAGCGCGAGCUGCAGGAGUCGCUGGGCGCUGCACUGCCGUGCGCCGCCCAAAGGGGCAGCAGCGGGGGGGACGAGCAGCCCCCAGGCGCAGCGCAUGCGAGCAGGGCAGCGGCGAGCGUUGAGGACGCGACCACGAGCGGUGAGGGAGGGGUUGCUGGUGGCAUGGUCAGUGAGCAGCAGCAAGCAGGCGUGAGCGAGUCCGAGGUCAGGAAUGGGGGGAGGGCGGGCGAGCAGCGAGAGGGAGCGGGGGCGGAGGCGCAGCAGGUGGUGUUCCGCGUGACGGCGCAGGAGCAGGGACGCCGCCCCGCCGCUUGGAAGCCCGAGGCUGAGCCCCGCCGAAGCAGGCAGUCAGGUUCGGUGUUUGGGUCAGGGGAGGAUGGGCUGACACUGGAGUCGUUUCUGUGCGGUGGCAGGAGGGCGCGCGCAGGGCUGCGGGGGCAGGGCGCCCAGACGUGGCAGGUGGCGAGGGGCGUGGCUCAGAGCAUGAAGGCGCAGGUGCAGGGGGGGCGGAAAGGGGAAGCGGAGGGGAAGGAGGAGGGGGAGGGAGAGGGGAAAAAGGAUGGAGGAGGGAGAAGGGAGGAGAUGGUGGUGGAAUUACGGUGUUGUGACGAGCAGAGGCAGAGGCAGCAAGGGGGAGGGCAGGGGGUGCACGAGCAGCUGCAGCAGUGGCGGCGGCAGAGGUCGCUGUGUGGUGGCGGUGGGAAGGGGAGGGCCUACCUUGGCGCGCGGAAGGGGCACAGGCACGGGCGGUCGGACGCGCUGGACGUGUCGGCUGCUGUGGCCGCGCUGGGGGGCGCUGGGGAGGCAGGCGCAGGCGGCAAGGAGGGGUGUGCAGGGGGCCAGGAGGGGUGUGGUGGCGGUGGCGGUGGUGGCAAGUGGGAGGGCAGUGGCGCGAGGCAAGGCGGGGAUGGCGUGGGUGGAGGCAGCGGUGCGAGUGCGGGCGCAGUGCAGGCGGAUGGCAGUGACCCGCCUGCUGCUCCCAGCCAUGCUGCCAUGGCGGCACCCAACAGCGUGGCGGGCAUGGCGGGCAUGGGCGCUGUGCUGUGCUGGUCGCCGCCAUGGGUGGCCGCAGCAAGGGGCGUGCGGGCGGUGCGUGGGUCGCUGGACGUGGCCGCUGCCGUGGCGGCGCUGGGAGGCGCAGAGGGCGCGGAGGGAGGGGGGGUUGAGGGGGGUGCGGGGAGAGACGUGUGCAUGGGGGGCGUGGAUGGGGGAGGCGGCGGGGGGAAAGGCGCGCAGGGGAAAGAGAUGGCGCACGAGAGGGAUGGGGAGCAAGAAAGAGAGGCGGAUGCGAUGGUGGUUGAGGAGAAAAGGACUGCGAGGUGUGAGGAGGGCGAGCAGAGCAUGGGUGGCGAUGGGAUGUGUGGCAUGGCUGGUGUGAGUGCAGAAGCAGAAGCAGCGCAUUCAGGCAGGCCGCCCUCCCCCACGGCACCCCCCUGCACGCCCCCACAAGGCCCUCCAUCCCCACCUCUUACCGCACCAUCCCCCGCCUCUCAGUGCCCAUCGUCACCUCCACUUCCCCCCCCGGGCGCACAGGCUGCAAGCAGCGGUGGCAGCGGGGCAUGGGAGGGCGCGGGCAAGGUGGCGCAGCAGCAGCAGGCGAGCAGUAGGCGGGCAGAGGGCGCACUGGAGGGGGCUGGGGGAGGGCAGCUCGCAGAGGCAGGCGCGAGGCAAGGGGAUGGCGGGGCAGCGGUGGGAGGAGGGAAGUGGAAGGGGAGAGGGGGUGCGCGGAGGCAGCAGGGCAGUGUAGGCGAGGUGGAGCGUGCCUUUGAGGUGGCCCCCGCCCACCUGCUCGCCCUGCACCGCUGGCACCCCUCAUCGCGGGAACUGUCAGUGCGCUGGGCCGCGUGGCUGCUGCGCCGCAUGCGCAAGGCCGCCUGCCCGCCCGCCCCUCGCCCGUUGCGCCUGCUGCUCUUCUCCGCGCUGCUCUCCGCCCUGCCCCUCGUCGCUAACUCGCUGCUCUCACCGCCUGCAUCGCCACGCCAUGCUCACUCCCAGCAGCUGCUGCACUCAGCGGCGUCGCUGCUGCGAGCCGUGGAGCGGAGCCGCGCCGCACUGCCAGCGCUGCAGUGGGCGGCGCUGCAGGAGCUGCUGCCGCGCUGCCACUCGCUGCUCUCCACUGCUGCCAGCCUGCACCGCCGCACACGGCAUGGUGACAGUGGUGCCUCGCAUGCAUUUUCAGUUGCUGCAGUGGGCCUGGGUGGGGGAGGGGGAGCAGCGGCAGCGACAGCAGCGGCGGGUGGUGCUGUGUGCAGCCCUCCGUGGAGCUCCUCCUCCGCCUCCCCCGCCUCCUCUGCCACCCCCCACGCAACUGCUGCGCCUGGCAGCACUGCUGCGCAUGGUGCAUGUGGGGGGGAUAGUGGUGGAGGCAGCAGCAUGGAAGAGGAUGGGGCUGGCAGGCACAUGGCCGAGGCAGUGCAAGGGAGGGGCGCACAGGCGGAUCAGGGCAGGGCGCAGGGCAGUGAGGAUGAGAGCAGCAGGGCCGGCUGUGAGCGUAGAGCAGGGGGGGGGUCAGGGUGGGGUGCCUCCGCUGCUGCUGCUGCCGAUGUUGAUGGGGGCGACGCCUGUGUGCCAGUUGCCACCUCGGGUGCACAUGGCCAUGCGUCCCAGCAAUCUCAGCUCGCUCAGCAGCGUGUGGGGGCAGAAGGGGAUGCGGUGGGUGGUGCUCUCCCUCACACCGGCCAUGCGCCUCCUGCCUGCACGCCCAGUCACCCUGCAGGUGCCCCUGCUCCCCCAUGCGCCGUCUCCUCUCACCCCGCCACCACUCAUGCCCUUGUGCGCAUCCCACUGCCACCUGCACUGCACGCGGCUCCAUGCGCUCCCCACACUGAGGCCACCCCGUGUGGGGAAGCCACUCGGCAAGAGCCAACCGUGCCGUCCUUCCCUCGCUUCUCGCCAUUUGCCGCUGCAGCCACUCCCCUGCACGUGCCCUGGGCAGCGAGGGCAGCGGGGCACCGUAUGAGUCGCAGCAUGGACGGCAGCAGUGACGUGGCGUCGGGGCUGAGCGGCGGGGCGCGGCAGCAGUUUGAGGAGAGCAGGCGGCGGCAGCAGCAGGCGGUGCAGGCGUGUGUGCAGGCGCUGCAGGGCGGGCUGUUCUCGCCGUACGGCCGCACCGCUCACACCGCGGGGCGUGCUGCCACCAGCAGGUGGCGAGGGGCCGCAGCAGAGGGUGGGGUGGGCACAGGCGUUGGGGGCAGCAGUGGGGACGGAGGAGAGCGAGCAGAGGAAGAGGGCGUAGGGGGCAGGAAAGGAGGAGUUGAGGAGAGGGAAGGUAAGGGAGGGGAUAAAGGUGGGGUAGGUGGGGAAUGGGGAGGACGAGAUGGGGGAGCAAGGAGCGUGGAGCGUGGCAGCGGGCACGAGCGGAGUCGCAGCUUGGAUGUGGAUGCCAUGGCGCAGCUGUGCCGCCCACCUCACCCUGCAGCUGCCUCUCCCCAUGGCAUGGCAGGAGGGCAGGCGAGUGGAGGCAGUGAGCGGGGGACGAGGGGCAUUGCUGCGCACCACGUUGACUCCGCUGCUCCUGCUGCCGCAUCUCCACACGCCCACUCGCCUCUCCUGCCGCCCAAAUCUCCCUCUCCGCAGCCGAAGGGCCGCUUCCCUCUCUUCUCUCCCGGCGCAGUGCCCUCUCCCCAUACCCCCCUCGCCCAUGCCCACCUCCUGUCCAAAUGCCCCUUCCAGCCACCCAUCUCGCCCAACCCCGAUUCUGCCACACGACCCUGUGCCGCACCCUCACCUCCGUGUGCAACCCACACAACACUCUCUGCUCAUCCCCCUAUGCUGGAGGCAGAGGGCGUGGGGGCAGCAGAGGAGAGGGCGGUGGAGGAGAUGACGUGCCUCUUCUCCGCCCACUUCUCUGCCCCCUCUGCGUCCUCGCACAGGCCAGCAUGUGCAGCAGCGCAUGGCAGCGCGCAAGGUCACCCCACGCCUCAUGGCACACCUGGCUCUGCGCCCCACACGCCCUGCGCUUGCCCACCACCGUGCUCUGCUGCCGCUCAACCUCCCCAUGCCACUGCCACGGAUGCCCCGGUUCGUGUGGAAAGGCGGUGUGCAGGGGCAGAGGGUGUGGGCCAAGGCAGCACAGCAGGUGAGACGGUCACAGCAGCGGGUGGCGGCAUGGCAGCAGCGGCGCCACCCAAGCCGCGGUCGCGCAAGAAGAUGAUGUCGAGGAGAGAGUGGCUGUAG